AUGGGCUCCCGGCACUUCCCGGCCCGGACCGUGCUCUUCGAGAAGGAAUCCAGCGGUGUCACAUACCGUGUGCCCGCCCUGCUCUACCUGCCCUGCGUGGCCAAGCUGCUGGCAUUUGCCGAGGAACGGCUCAGUGCCGACGAUGCCCACGCCAACCUGCUGGUGCUGCGCCGCGGCACCAUCUACGGCAGCUACGUGGAGUGGGAAGACAUGCGUGUGCUGGAGACGGCAACGCUGCAGCACCAUCGGUCAAUGAACCCCUGCCCGCUCUACGAUGAGUUCACGGGCACCCUCUUCCUCUUCUUCAUCACGGUGCUGGGCAGGACGCCCGAAGCCUACCAGAUUGUCACUGGCCAAAACGUCACCCGCCUCUGCUGUGUCACCAGCGCCGACCAGGGCCUGAGCUGGAGCACAGCCACAGACCUGACGCAGCAGGUCAUCGGUGCGACCAUCAAAGACUGGGCAACAUUCGCGCUGGGCCCUGGCCAUGGGAUCCAGCUGCGUUCUGGCCGGCUGCUGGUGCCCGCCUACAGUUACCACAUCGACUGCAAGGAGUGCUUUGGGCAGCUCUGCAAGACCACCCCGCACUCCUUCGCCUUCUACAGCGAUGACCAUGGCCGCGGUUGGCGCUUUGGGGAGUUCAUCCCCAACCUGCAGACGGGCGAGUGCCAGCUGGUCUCAGUGGAUGAGGAGGAUGGAUCCAAUGUCCUCUACUGCAACGCCCGCAGCCCCCUGGGCUUCAGGGUCCAGGCGCUCAGCACGGAUGAUGGGGCCGUCUUCCAUGGGGGGCAACUGGUGCAGCGGCUGGUGGAGCCCCCCCACGGCUGUCACGGCAGUGUCAUUGGCUUCCCUGCACCAUUCGUGUACGUCCCCAGCGCCUCCCGGGACACCGUGAGGCCCCUCCGGGGCUUGGCUCACCGGCUGCUCCCUGGGGCGCUCCGGGGGUUUGGGCACCUGCCCACCCGACAGGCAGGAGGUGCUGAGCUGCCCACUGGCAACCACCGUGAGCCCGAUGAGCAUUGUCCUACCCCAGGGCACCACGGUGAUGCCCACAGUGUCACCUCGGUCCGGGGGGACUGUGCAGCAACCCCCAGCCCCACUCCCUUCUUCCAAGCACCGACGUGGAUCCUCUACUCCCACCCCACCAGCUCCAUGUCGCGGGUCAACAUGGGGAUUCACCUCAGCACCUUCCCCAGGGACGCAGAGAGCUGGACAGAGCCCUGGGUUAUCUAUGAGGGCCCGAGCGCUUACUCAGACCUGGCUUACAUGGAGCUGCCCUACAGGGACGCCCCAGUGGCUGGCGGCACGGCCAUCACCUUCGCCUGCCUCUACGAGAACGGGAUGAGGUCUCCCUAUGAGCAGAUCUCCUUCAGCAUGUUCACGCUGCACGACGUGCUCCAGAACAUUCCCCUGACAGCUGCUGCUCCCCGGCGGGGCCGCGCCGCCACGCGCCACGUGGGCAGGAGGAGGCAAAGGAGCUGCUUCAUCUCCUAG